CGUCUCUUUCCUUCGAAAUUGUGAAAUGGAAAUAAGGAUUCAGUUUGAGAGCCCGACGUUUUUGGUUUAUUUCAAUUUUCUGCAAUUUUUUUAAUUAAAUUUAAUGGCUCAUGGAAAAAAUCGGACGAGCGGCUCGAUCGGAUCGAGCGGUUAACCGCCUCGGUCGCUCGUCAACCGCUACAUAAAACCGAAGCAGCUUUUAGACUGUUUCGAGCCGGUUUUGUGACCGGGUGGCGGUUUUACCGGUCGGGCCGAGCGGCUCGGCUUUAAUAACACUGCAUUUGAUACAAACCCAUGUGAUCCUUAUUCGCUUAUGUCCCAGCUUUAUUGUACCAUGCUACCUACUCCUUUUUCACAGGCUUAUAUUUGGAAUGCAUUAUUAGGGACCCAUGUAUAGAACUAGCUACCACUACUUAUUUAUCACCAUUUAUUUCAAUCAGUUGAUUAGUUGUUAAAUAAUUCAUCAUAAAGUUUGCUUGUUUGGUUUUCUUAUCAAGAGCCACCUAAAUUUUGUUGGUUGGAAUAGCACCACGAGUCUGAUUGUUUCGUUUUAGCCUAUUAGUAUCUCCCAAGCCAUAUAGCUACGUACUAAUCAUAAAUCAAUAUCAGGUAAUAAGUCACAUACAGAAGAAUGUGGAUUGUUGCUAUUUUGCUACCAGCUUUCUUCUCCUUCAUAUUCUUGUGGCUCUACAUAGCAUUUAUCGCCAGGAACAAAAGUUCUUCCGCCAUCGAAUGGCCAGUGGUGGGCAUGCUUCCGGCCCUCCUUUGGAACGCAACCACCGAUCUUCACGGCUUCAUCACUCGACUCGUCAAAGAAAGCGGCGGCACGUUCGUGUUCAAAGGCCCCUGCUUCGCCAACCUGGACAUCGUCGUCACCAGCGAUCCGAUGAACGUCCACCAUGUCUUCAGCAAGAACUUCGCCAACUACGGGAAGGGUGAAGAUUUCAGGACCAUAUUUGAGGAGUUCCUUGGAGGAGGGAUCGUCAAUUCGGAUGGCGAGUCGUGGAAGAUUCAACGGAAGAGGAUCCAUUCCUUCUUGAGCAAGGACGGCUUCAAAAACUACGUCAUGGCGACGCUUCAUCAGAAGAUGGAGGAAACAUUGUUCCGAGUCCUCGACGAUGUUUGUUCGUCACCGGGAGUUAGGGGUGAGGUGGACAUGCAAGACGUGGUGAGCAGGUUCAUGUUUGACUAUGUCUGCAUGUGGGUCUUGGGAUUCGAUCCAGGUUACCUUUGUGUUGACAGACAUUUAGAUACCUUCUCAUGUGGCAAAGCAUAUGACGACAUUGAGGAGGCCGUCGUAUACCGACAUAUUGUCCCUAAAGGUGUAUGGAAAAUUCAGAGAAUAUUUGGGAUCGGAUCGGAGAAGAAAUUUAGUACAAGUAUUGAGGUCUUGGAUAAGUUCUUAUACGAUGUCGUGGAAACCAAGAAACAAGAGUUUCACAAAGAAGAUAAACGCCUACAACUUGAAUUGCUAACACAAUGGAUGGUAGCAGAUGAAAGAGGAGAAAGUUCAGAUAAAUUUCUACGGGACUUUGGAGUGACAUUAAUAGCGGCAGGGAAAGACUCUGUGUCUUCGGUUCUAACUUGGUUGCUCUGGUUGGUUGCAAUCCACCCUCAGGUUGAGAAAAAGAUUAUCGAGGAGAUUGAAAGAGUAGUGGUAAUGGCUAAACGACGACCAAAUCCUAGAGAAGGACGAUUGUUAGGAGUUUUCAUGAUCGAUAAAGAUGAAAUGAAUAGACUUGUAUAUCUCCAUGCAAUCAUCUGCGAAACAUUGAGAUUGUACCCACCAGCACCAUUCGAGCUAAGAUGUGCCAUUGAAGAUGAUAUGCUCCCUAGCGGCCAUCUCAUUCACAAGGGUACUAGGAUUUUGUUCUCCAUAUACUCCAUGGGGAGGAUGGAAGAGAUAUGGGGGAAAGAUUGCAUGGAGUUCAAGCCUGAGAGAUGGAUUUCGGAGCAAGGGAGCUUAAUCCACAUCCCCUCAUACAAGUUCAUUAAUUUUUUGGCAGGGCCAAGGUAUUGUUUGGGGAAGUCGUUGUCUUUCAUGCAACUCAAGUUCAUUGUUAGUACUCUUCUAUGGAACUACAAGUUUGAUAUGGCAGAGGGUCAAAUCGUCAAGCCACUUCCUUCUACUAUGUUGACAAUGGAAAAUGGUUUGAAGAUGAGAGUUUCCAAGAGAGAUGUUUAGUUAGUUUCUUCUUAAUAAUUGUGGUUUGUAAUAAAUAUUAAUACGAGUUGGAUUGCUUUUAAACUAAAGUUAUUAUUAUUGCCUUAUUCAAUAUAUAUUGUCUGGUACCACUUGAAUAUGACAUCUUUCUGGACAAUAUCAACAAAAUUCUCCUGUAUGUUGUCUCUCUUUUCCCCGAUGCAGUAAACACAGUUUUAAUUUCUCCUAUAAUAUCACCAUAACAGAAUUCGAAUUUGCAUCGGACGAGAACGGUCGUAAAUGUCUAAAAGUUGUUGCACAUAUUUGUGAUGAUAAACAUAUUUAGUCGCAAAUUCGACAUAUUCAGCGGCCAAAAGUUAGACAGUUGGUCACAAAAGACAAUUUGUUUUCUGUCUCCUCUCAUUAUUAAUGCAAAGCAUCCAUUCAUUUCUUCCUUUUAUAGUUCAUUCAGUGGAAUAAAUUAAAUAUUGACUU